AUGAGCCUCUGCCAAACCCUCGGCACACUCAUUCUUAUAACCGGCCUGGCAUCCGGCGCCGUCCUCUCCCUCCUCUUCAGCCUCUCCCCGCCCCGCCAGACCGCCGUCAUCGCCCUCUCCCUCCUCUUCUUCUUCGCCCACAGCGGCUCCCUCGUCUUCUUCCUCUUCAACCCCUCCGUCAAGCCGCUCCCUCACAGGGCCGGCAAGUCCGUCUUCUCCUACUGCUUCGCCUGGAUCACCUUCCAGAUAGCCGGCUUCGCCUGCAUGCAACACGGCCGCUGGCGCCACGACCUGCCCGGCUACCUCGCGGGGUGGGCCGUCGCGUGGGAGGUUCUGAGCGUCUCGACGAUGGCGUUCUUCACGGGGGCCGUCUUUCUCGUCUUCUUGCGGCGGGCGUGCGUGCGGGAGCACCUCGAGGCGGUGCGGAGGAGCCGGGUCGCGCGGUGCUGCCACACGAGGGACGAAGAGAUGGCGUAUGUUGAGCACAUCGAGUUCUCGCCGCCGCCGCCGGUGUACAAACCCAUGCCGUAUCUGGAGAGCUACGAGCUGAAACAUUGA